UCUUAAGAGACACAUAUUAUUAAUUUGGUUUAUACAAACUGAGCUAUCUCCCAUGGAGAGAAGAGAUCAUGAACAUCACAGUGGUCAGUCCCUCCAUCACCACACCCAUCACAUCGUCUGCCCAGACUUCCCCUUCAGGUUGCUCGCAGACAAAGAGGAACAAGAGCAGGAACUAGAAGAUCAUCGUCAAUCUUCCAGCUCGAGCUCAAUAAUUUGCUCUAAUUAUAAUAUUCCGGCUGCAGUUCUGCCAGGAACAUCCAAUUGUGCAGGCGGUCCCCGAACUGCUGCCAGCACCAAGUCACUGCUCGCCAAGAAGCCAACCCCCAAGAGGACAUCUAUGAAGGACCGCCACACGAAGGUGGAGGGCCGGGGCCGGAGGAUCCGGAUGCCUGCCUUGUGUGCCGCCAGGGUUUUCCAGCUGACUCGGGAGCUAGGGCACCGGUCAGAUGGUGAGACCAUCCAGUGGCUCCUCCAGCAGGCGGAGCCUGCUGUCAUUGCCGCCACUGGCACUGGCACGAUCCCUGCCAACUUCACCUCCCUCAACAUCUCCCUCCGAAAUUCCGGCUCCUCCAUGUCAGCUCCAUCACAGCUUAUCACAAAGCCUUACAAUUUCACGUCAUCAUAUUCAAACCCUAAUAGUGCUUUAUCUGAUCUCAUUCUUCCACGGAGGAGAAAUAACAACAUUAGCAGUUUGUGUCCUGGAUCAUCAAGUACACUUUUAAACUUCCAGUCUCCAGGCGGGAUUCGUUCGACGUUUCGGACAAAGCAAGAACUGAAGGAUGAUGAUCAAAAUCACUUGGAGGUUUCUUCCAAGGGAAGUAUGAUCAGCAAGAACAGCGUUAGGGCUAUUAACAAUGAGCAAGACUUGUUGUUAACAUCAAGAUUACUAAGCAGCCCCCAUGAUCAGCUCAUGAAUGGUGUCAUAGGAGGAGGCCGAGAUGAAGCCAUUUGGUCAUUCCAAACUUCUUCUAAUGGCAGCAACGGGAGUGGAAGUGUGAAUUUGAGCAGAGGAAUGACAACAACCGUGCUGUCCAGGUCAAAUUUUAUUAACUUUCCUACCACUGCUGGUUCCCAACUGCUCGGUGCACCUAGUCAACAAACUGCUAGCGCGGGAUUCAGCUUUGGGGUACCGGACGAAGGAGCAGUGGGCAUGUUCUCAGGCCUCACAAGGGCGUACCAGCCUGUUUCAGGUAAUACUGGAGUAGUUUUGCAGCCUCUGUCCAUUGGGGACUAUCGGCAUGAAGCCACCGGCGGAAAUGAAUGAGGAUGCCUACAUGAGUGAGAUUUGAUUAGUAAUAGUAAUUGUUUGUCCAAUUUAGGUUAUAAGAUUGUCUGGAAAUUUAAUUAGGAUAUAUUGUAGAUCGAUUUGACCCGCAUUUUCUUUAUGGGACUGAUCAUAUAAAAGUUUUUCUUUUUUUCUUUUUUUCUUUUUUAUUUUUGGCCAGGAUCAUAUAGACAGAUGAAUGAGUUACUUUAAUUUAGCUAGCUAGGGUUUUUGAAAAGGGAGACACUCUUCACUGUUUGAUGAGCUGUGCUUUUUUGUAAUUUGAUUUUCCUCUCUCUUCUUGGGCUUAAGGGAAGCCCAAUUAUGAGGUUUUCAUAUACAUAAGAUCUUAAUUACCAUUC